CCGUAUUAUAUAUUGUUAUACUAAAUGUGUAUAUAUUUUAUUUCAAAUAGUUGAAUUGUUAGCUUGUUUUAUGCAGAUUUAAAGAUUUAACAUCAUAUAAUAAUGUUGUCAUUUUUAUCUAAAUUAUUCAAUCCGUGCUCUUUACUUAAUACAAUUAUAAUAUCACUUUUAUUUCGAUAUUCAUCAGACGAUAAUUAUCUUAAGUUACCAAAGCUAUUUCAUCGUGAGCCACAGGAAUAUGAUUUUAUUAUUGUUGGUGCAGGAUCUGCAGGAUGUGUCGUAGCAAAUCGAUUAUCAGAAAAUAGUGAAUGGAAAGUUCUUUUAUUAGAAGAAGGCAAAGAAGAACCUUUGAUUACUGGCGUACCUAGUUAUACCACAAAACUUCAAAAAUCAAAAAUCGACUGGAAUUAUCACACACAAAAGGAUGAAAAUGCUUGUUUAAUAGGCAAUGGAUGUGCUUGGCCAAGUGGAAAAGUAAUGGGAGGAUCAAGUUCAAUAAAUAUAAUGCAAUAUGUAAGAGGCAAUAAAGAAGACUUUAAUACAUGGGCCAAAUUGGGAAAUCCUGGUUGGAGUUAUGAUGACGUACUGUCCUAUUUUAUAAAGUCAGAAAACAAUAAAGAUCCGGAUAUUGUAAAUGAAAAUCCAGAAUAUCAUGGAACGAAAGGAUAUUUAUCAGUUGAAAGAUUUCCCUAUGUGGAUCCAAAUUCAAAAAUUCUUUACGAAGCCCUUCAAGAACUUGGAUACAAACCCACGGAUAUUAAUGCCAAACAUCAAUUAGGAACAAUGAUGAUCCAAACAACAUCAAACAAUGGAUCACGUGCAAGUACAAAUAGUGCCUUCAUUCGACCAAUAAGAAACCAUAGAUCCAAUUUAUUCAUCAAAACUCAAGUAUACGUAACAAAAGUUUUAAUUGAUUCAAAGUCCAAGCGAGCCAUUGGUGUUGAAUAUGCACAUUCGAUACAUGGUCCAACGAGAAAAGUGAUGGCAAAAAAAGAAGUAAUUCUAUCAGCAGGCGUUGUUCAAUCACCAAAAUUGUUAAUGCUCUCGGGAAUAGGACCCAGUGAACAACUUGAAAAACAUCAAAUCAAUGUUAUAAAAAAUUUAUCCGUUGGACACAAUCUUCACGAUCAUGUGACAUUCGUUGGAUUAAUUGGCAAUGUUGGCAAAAAUUUAACAAAUAAACCAAAUUGUUUGAGAAAAAUAAAAGAUCUCUAUCAAUAUUUUAGUAAACAAAAUGGUCCACUUGCUUCAAUUGGUGUUGCUGGUGUUGCAGCAUUUUUUCAAACAUCUUACGAACAAACUGAAAGUACACCCGACAUACAAUUGGUAUUUUUAGCUAUUGGCGAUGUAUUAACUUAUUAUGAGAAAUUUGUAUUGGGACCAAUUUUACUAACUCCACGUAGUAGAGGUUUCAUUCGACUCAAUGACACGGAACCCAUUUGGGGAAAUCCAAUAAUCAAUCCAAGAUAUUUUGACGAUAAAAUGGACAUGAAACGUAUGAUUGAAGGAGUUCGAAUGUCUCUUAAAUUGUUUAAUACAACAGUAUUGAAAGAAAAUGGUUUUGAACUUGAUAAAACUCCAUUACAGCCAUGCAAUAAAUUGGAAUUUAAUAGCGACGUAUAUUGGGAUUGUGUUGCAAGACAAUACACACAAACAUUAUAUCAUACUGUUGGAUCAUGUAAAAUGGGACCCAAAGAAGACACUGAAGCUGUUGUUGAUGCGAAAUUACGUGUUUAUGGAAUUGAUGGAUUAAGGGUAAUCGAUGCUUCUAUUAUGCCUAAUGUUCCAAGAGGCAAUACCAAUGCUGCAACUAUUAUGAUUGGUGAGAAGGGCAGCGAUAUGAUAAUACAGAAUUGGACUUCAAAAUAAUUCUCUCACAAUAAAUUUAAAUUGUCAGUGAAUAUUUUAAUGAUUAAAUAAUUGGAAUCUAUAGCAACUUCAUUAAGAUUCACAUAAACUGAAAUUUAUAAUAUUUGAUGAAAAUUUACAUCAAAAAAUUGUAAAAAUAAAAAAUCCAAAUUCCGGA